GAAGCUCCAGCGGCCAUGGCGCGGAAGAAGGUGCGGCCGCGGCUGAUCGCCGAGCUGGCCCGCCGCGUGAGGGCCCUGCGCGAGCAGCGGGAACGGCCGCGCGAUUCGCAGCGCUACGCCCUGGACUACGAGACGAUGAUGCGGCCGCACUCAGGCAACCGGCUGCCGAUGCGAGCCUGGGCCGACGUGCGCCACGAGAGCCGCCUCCUGCAGUUGCUCAACCGCCUGCCGCUCUUCGGCUUGGGCCGCCUCGUCACGCGCAAGUCCUGGCUCUGGCAGCACGACGAGCCAUGCUACUGGCGCCUCACGCGGGUCCGGCCCGACUACGCAGCGGAGAACUUGGACCACGGGAAGGCCUGGGGCAUCCUGACUUUCAAAGGGAAGACGGAGAGUGAGGCUCGAGAGAUAGAACAGGUCAUGUACCACGACUGGCGGCUGGUGCCCAAGCACGAGGAGGAGGCCUUCACGGCUUUCACGCUGGUGCCGGAGGACACCCCGCUCUCUGUGCCCUACCCGCCGCUCCUGCGGGCUAUGAUUCUAGCACAGCGACAGAAGUACGGAGACACCAGCACGGAGGAGCCAAUGCUGAAUCUGGAGAGGGCCCGCAUUGAUCCCUGGGACUAUCCUGCGAAACUGGAAGCGAAGACAAAGACCAAAGGCGCUGCCGUGUGAAAUGCCAGAAGCCGCGGGCAGCUGGAGGCAGGGUGUGAGGCUAUCUGACCUUCAGAUCCAACAUUGCGAUUCAGUGUUUGGGUGGGAAAAGGUGCGGCCAGAUCCCGCACCUAGUGUCUUUCCUCUGUCCCUGCUGCCCCAACGCCUAGGUCUCAGUGAGGGAGCCUCACAGGAGGUGGCUGCUGGGGGGAAGCUGGAAGCAGCAGGGCUAGCUGGGGUAGAGCCCCCUUGCUGGCACCUUUCACUUCCAGGUGGGCGCCCCUCCGCAUCACCUGUUGCCUCUGCCAGGACCCAGGCAGCAACCCAACGCAAAUAAAAGCACAUCUAGUA